GGCCCAGACUCGAAAUGGUUAAACAAGGUGUCUCCGUUAAUUACUGUGCAGGCCUCAGGCAGGAGAAGCCUUGACCCCUAGCAGGAUCCAGAUGUGGCGCUCUCGAGGGGGCCUCUUCCCCCUCUAGACCCCCAUGUCGCAAACCGUGCAAGCCAGCCGGCGCAGACUCAGUCUCGCUCCCCUAGGCAUGGCCCUCUCGGUCAGGGGGUCUCAGGAUCCGGGGGUCUGGUCACGUUUUGGGCUGGCUGCGCGUCUAGAGUGCGCUGGGUAAUAGAGCGCACCGGGGGGAAAAAAGAAGAAGAAAAAAACAAAAAUGUAGGGGGUGGAGACUGACUCUGCAUUUGGAAAAGUGAAUGACAAGCAAUGUAUUCAAAUGAAUAUAAUGGUAUUAUUACCAUAUAAUAUUGGUGCAAAAUAGAUUUCUUUUUUUUUUUUUGGACACUGCAAAAUCCGUGUUUUUAUCGUGAUAAAUAAUGUUAAGAGUUUCAGAUCUUUUUCAGGCCGAAAGUAGCCUGAAUAUUUAAUGCACAGUCUAGAAUAGAGACGAUUCCCCUCAUUUCCCAUGAAGAUAUGAAAUAUGCGAGGCCAUAUGUUACUGAUUUUGCGAAAUGUCGAACAGCAAGCACACGAGAGGUAUCAGCCUCUCUAUAUGGUCCAUACAGCCUAUUGCUGGAGAUAUGUUGUGCAUGUGCAUUCAGAGGUGCGCACACGUGUGGAACAGACAGACUCGGCGCUGCGGGCUUCGGUUUUAUUAAUGGAAACCCGGUUUUGCAGCGAAAGAAGUUCGGACAGACUCGUCACAUUCUUCACUUCAGCAUAGGUAGAUCCAGUUCGCGCUUUCCUUUAUAGCGGAACACCGAUCCUGAUAUCAUGGCAUCAUUCAAUAGUUUAAAUAUGUUUAUUCGGUCUCGUAUAAACGCGCAUUCGUGCAAAAAGUCAGCCAGAUGUAUAGUUGUUAUUAUUAUAUUUUUUUUUAGCAGCCUAAUCUAAUUUGUUACUAUUUAAGAUAAGUUAUUAUUUUGAACAUGCAUUCGAUGCAUUAAUGCAGUGUUUCUACCAAAUCGCGUACUUUAAUGUCGGAAAAAGCGCAAGAAAUAUAAAGAGCUGGCAGGCUUUCUGUAAAUAUUUCCAGGCAAAAGCAUGUACAAAGGAAAGAAACACUAUUGUUUUGGUGUCUUAUCUUUUCGGGACAAAUAUCCUGCUUUGGGUGCCGUAAUGAAGGCAGGGCCAGUGACACACGCGCACGCACACACACACACACACACACACACAUACACGGCUUCCUUCUCAAGCGCAGUGACUUCACUUCCCAAAUUUAGAGGAAAAAAAAAACCAUCCGGCGAAACUGUCUCUGUCUCUUCGCCACAUAUCGGGGGCUGGAAUUAAUUCAGACGCGUGUCAUGUUUGGAAUAUUGUCGGGCUCCACUGAAAAUUGCGCAAAAUGGACGGAACUAUUAAGGAGGCGCUGUCAGUGGUGAGUGAAGACCAGUCUCUGUUUGAGCCUCCGUACGCUGCUGCUGCUCCCUUACCCAAGACAGACAUGACUGCGUCCGGCGCACAGGACUACGGUCAGCCUCACAAGAUCAACCCUAUCCCCCCUCAGCAGGAGUGGAUCAACCAGCCCGGCCGGGUUAAUGUCAAACGAGAGUAUGACCACAUCAAUGGAUCCAGCAGAGAGUCCCCGGUGGACUGUAGUGUGGGUAAAUGCAAUAAAAUGGUUGGUGGGACCGAUGCAUCUCAGAUGAGCUAUACUGGCUACAUGGAUGAGAAGUGUGCUCCGCCCCCAAACAUGACAACCAAUGAGAGGAGAGUUAUCGUCCCAGCAGACCCUUCUCUCUGGUCUCCAGACCAUGUGCGGCAAUGGUUAGACUGGGCCAUUAAAGAGUAUGGUCUUCAGGAGAUCGACACAGCCAUGUUCCACAACACAGAUGGAAAAGAACUUUGCAAGAUGAGCAAAGAGGACUUCCUGAGACUUACCAGCGCCUAUAACACGGAGGUCCUGCUCUCACAUCUCAAUUACCUCAGGGAAAGCAGCUCAUCAAUAUCAUACAACACAGCAUCUCAUACCGACCAGUCUCCUCGCUUGGCUGCCAAAGACGAUGCGUCUUAUGAUGCUGUACGGAGGGCAGGCUGGUCAAACAACAUGCACAGCGGCAAAGGCUCUCCUACAGUGGUGUCUCAGAACGUGUCCAAGAACACUGAACAGGCUCGGCCUCAGCCCGAUCCGUACCAAAUAUUAGGACCCACUAGCAGUCGACUCGCCAACCCAGGUUCAGGUCAGAUCCAGCUGUGGCAGUUCCUGCUCGAGCUCCUCUCCGACAGCGCCAACGCCGGCUGCAUCACCUGGGAAGGGACCAACGGAGAGUUCAAGAUGACGGACCCCGACGAGGUGGCGCGUCGCUGGGGCGAGCGCAAGAGCAAGCCCAACAUGAACUACGACAAACUAAGCCGUGCCCUGCGCUACUACUACGACAAAAACAUCAUGACCAAAGUGCACGGCAAGCGUUACGCCUACAAGUUUGACUUCCACGGCAUCGCUCAAGCCCUGCAGCCCCAUCCCACCGAAUCCACCAUGUACAAAUACCCAACCGACCUACCCUACGUGCCAAGCUACCACGCUCACCAGCAGAAGGUCAACUUCGUCUCGCCCCAUCCUUCCUCCAUGCCCGUCACCUCCUCCAACUUCUUCGGGCCCGCCACCCCAUACUGGAGCUCUCCAACGGGAGGGAUUUAUCCCAAUCCCAGCGUGCCGCGUCACGCCAAUUCGCACGUGCCUUCCCACCUAGGCAGUUACUACUAAAACCCUCCACCUUUCACCCCGCUGCCCGUACGCCAAAACUUGAACUGCACUCGAAGCGAAGACAAAAACAAGCAAGCUGGAACCGGAGGGAUUGUGGCCGGAAAGUUAGCAGAAGGAAGCAACGUUGAAAGAAACUGGAAAAGAAAGAGAAAGUAGAGCAAAACGGACCAAAAAAUGGCUGAUCCUCUUUUAAAAUGGAGUACUACUUAUUGGAGGACGUUGGGUUGGUGUUUGUUUUGGAGAGCGUGCGCAUGUUUCUUGUGCCUUUCUACAUCCGAAAGCUGCACCGACGGGCCAGAGUCCCUUCUAGCCAAUAAAGACCACCUCUAUUACGGAUAAGUCGGCGAACGACUGAGAAAAGAAUCACUGUAAACUCACCCUGUGUGUUUAAUGCAAUUGUGAACCCAGCCUUUAUAUUUUUGGACCUAGUCCCCGCUUCCCUUUGGAUUUUAUGGAAACCCGCCUCGGUUACACAAGUUUAUCUUCUCAAGUCAUGACUGAAACUCUCUUUUCUAAAGCAAAUCUGGCAACUGGAAAAAAUGUUGGCAUUCAAGCACCGUUUGUCCUCCUCGCCGGAGGACGUGGCGUCUGAUUGUUUAUUAGGAGCUUCUCAGGCUAGCUGGCUCAAGCUUAACUCUCUUACUCAUCUUUAGCACUCCUCUAUGCUGAUGGCGUUGAUGUGAAAGGAUUGAAGCCUGCUUUACGUUUCUGACGCAUGGUGUCCCGUUUCAUUGGCCAGUGAAAAUCCACUCGAUUUCAUCUCAAAGCCAAAGUGUUGAGUUCACGUGAGAUUUGUGUCUUGGAUGGACUGAAUGAAUGUGGGCAUCACGCGGAGUACCUCUUCGACCGUUAAAACAGCAGCACGAGACGUUGAAACCAGAGAUUCGCGAACGCUGUGCGUUUGUCAGACCUAUUUGCUAGUAUUUUUUUUUUUUGAUCAAAGGUCAACUAGGCAUUAAAAGCAUCUUACUGUAUAAAUUAUGCAGAGCUAUUUUCAUAUGUGACAGUGUUAAGAAUCAUACGUUAAUACGAGUUGACCUCGGUCAAAAUGCAAACUUUUUUAUCAGUUACUGAAGGUAGUUUGUACUACGUAGGUGUUUUGUAUCUGUACAUAUGGGCAAUAAGUUUAUGAAUGUUUUCUUGUAUUUUUCAGAAAAUGCUUUUUCUAAAGUUCUUGGUGUGUCGCCAUGACAAUAAGAAGGUUAUUUUGAUACGUAGUUGAUAUUUUUAUUCCUUAAAAGCAAAUGCCUUACCAAACGUGCUUAGAGACAAUCUGUUCUACAUAAGUAAUAGUUCCCAAAGUGCCAUAACAAUGCCUUAAAGCCAAAUCGUGUUAUUGUGCCUAAAAAAAAGGUGUUCGGACAGUGUUAUACAAGUGUUUCCCCUUGUGUAUUUUGUAGCAUUAAGAAAAAAGCUGAUUGAAAAAUCCCAGCUCUUCAUCUCUUUAAGGGCUCACUCUCAGAUAUGAAGGAAUUGUGCUAUUUUAUAUAUGCAAGUAUUUGGAUAUUAAAUUUAUUACUAUAUAAAUAUAUAUGAAAUAUUGCAAUUAAUCUUUUUUGUUAAUUCUGUUGUUUCUGCAAUUUAUUAAGUAUUACCUUUUGUAAAAGGGUCUGUUGUAUAGGUAAAAUGUGACAAAAUAAAUGUUUUUACAUUAAAAAUCUCUCCAUAUAA